AUGUUCGGGACAUUAGUAUCGACUCAAUCGGAAUCGGAGCCAUUUAUCUCCCAUGUGAUUAGACCACCGUUUGAGAGCGAUCGCGAGUUGAAGCACUUGGCAUGUUUGGCGUGUCGCACAAAGAAGCUGAAAUGCACCGGAGAGCGAACGGGAUGUCAGCGGUGUCUCGAUCGAGGACUUCCUUGCGAGUACCAAGAAGCUAAUUCUCAUCGAGGUCGACGGCCUCGUGGGGCCAGCUUGAACAACAACAAGAAUAACGAAGAAGUCGAAGAUUCAACAGAUCAGUCCUCCGCUUCUGCUGCACCGAAGAAUUCGGACGGUUCGAGAAGAGCAAGUCAGUCAUCGGAAGCAGCAAAAGCCCACAUUAGGUACAGAGAAGACAAAGAGCAAGAUGGAAGAAGGAGUGAGGGGCCCGGUAAUUUGAAUGGAGGCACACCUCAUGCCACAUCGGACCUGGGCGAAGACGGAUUGGACCCCGAGCUCUUGACCAGCAUGCACGGGCCAGCAACAGAGUUAGGGGCCGAAGUGCAGCUUUCAGACAUUCCCAUGACACCCGAUGAUGAUUUAUCCAGCCUGCUACCUGACUUCGGCCAUACAGACUUUGCCAGCAACGACGUCAACCAGGACUUACUCUUCCUCUCACAGCUGGCCGCCUCCAGUACGCCGGAGCUCGUGAACCCGUCGUAUCCUCCCAACCCUAGUCCCGCCAUGCCACGUCUCUCUUCUUCAAUGUCCCGUCCAGGGAUCCCGGGGAUGUCCCAAUUAGCCAGUAGCCCGAGCAUCGCAAAUCUGCACAUGCCCUCGUGCACAUGUCUCCAGUCUACCCUGACCCUCUACGAAAGUAUCCGCGCCGUGCAGUGGCGUGCCCAAUGCGGUGCCAGCGCGGGUGUUUCGCGUGAAAUGGCUCACCUGAUCCUUAAAGCCUGCAAGUUGGCCCUGAACCAGUGUCAUCGGCUCAUUGGCUGCUCCUCGUGCAAGCGUGAGCCACUGUUCGUGAUGUUGCUCUGUUCUGUCUGCGACCAGUGUCUGACCUGUUUUGAGAUCUUUCACGAUUCGCACCAGAGGCGAUUGCGAAGUAGGAGUAUGACCUCCUCGUCGAACGGAAGCAGUUUCAUCAAUGCAUCUGAUGCGCGCUCGGAAAUGGAUCAGCUUGGGGAGAUUGUGCAAUUGGCCAAUUUGCCGUUUGGUGAUGUGCCGGUAUUGUUGGAUGACGAGGAUGAUAUCAACAUGACUUGUGGCUUGUUGGCCACGCGGGUAGCCUCAAUGGUGCACCUGCUGCGGUUAUUGGGGCCGAUAAUUGAUGCUUGUGGGUGGAGGACCCAUCAUGACACUUUCUCGGGGUUGCAGAAGCGGUGUCAGGGACUGGCGUAUACAUUGCAGACCAAAUCUAAAGCCCGGUAG